UGAUUGUGCCUUCCAGAAACACAGCCUCUACCUCACCGUAUACUUGCACGUGCUUUUAUAUGUCUGUUUAUGAUUAAAGUGAUGACCUGCCAAGAAGUAUAAAUCCAGCACGUUAAGUAUGUAAAUCUGUGAAGUACUCUCUGAGAUCUAAACUCCAGAUCCCUUGUCCCUUGUGAGUUCUUUGGUUCACUUGGUUGUUUUUUUGGUGUAUGUACAUUUGUGGUCUGUACAUAGAAAGUGUUUUUGGUUUAUAUCAGGAGGGUACGUUGACAUCUGUCUGAUACUAGACUGGUGAAUAGGAAGAAGGUCCCAUCUCUGGCCUGUUUGUGGAAGCUGGGAUGAUGAAGGCCCUGCAGUGGGAACGUGCUGUGGUACAGGGUUGAAGCUCCAGCCCAUGUCUGGUAGUUAUAGAGCAAUUGGAAGGGUUACGUGCAGAGUUCUGGUAACCUAGGAUGGAAGAAUCUCAUUUCAACUCCUCCCCGUACUUCUGGCCAGCAGUGCCCACCGUCUCGGGACAGAUUGAGAACACCAUGUUCAUUAACAAGAUGAAGGAGCAGCUGUUGCCCACAGAGAAGGGCUGCAGUCUGGCUCCCCCCCACUACCCUGCCUUGCUGACAGUCCCCACCUCUGUGGCCCUGCCCACUGGUAUCUCCAUGGACUCGGACACCAAGCCAGAGCAGCUGACACCACACAGCCAAGCCCCUGUGACUCAGAACAUCACCGUGGUACCAGUGCAGUCUGCUGGGCUCAUGACAGCAGGUCCUGGUCUGGUGAUAACUUCCCCAUCAGGUUCUCUGGUGACCACAGCCGCCUCUGCCCAAACCUUUCCCAUCUCAGCUCCCAUGAUUGUCUCUGCGCUACCCCCUGGCUCCCAGGCAGCCCUGCAGGUGGUUCCCGACCUGUCCAAGAAAGGGACAACCGCCCUCACUGAAGGUGGCGGGGGUGGGGGAGUUGCCCCCAAACCACCCCGGGGCCGGAAGAAGAAACGAUUGCAGGAGUCAGGGCUGCCAGAGAUGAGCGACCCCUUUGUGCUGACAAACGAGGAUGAUGAGGACCAGCACAAGGAUGGCAAGACAUACAGUUCCGUGAGCAGCGGAACUAAUGAUGCCUGGUUUCCAGCGGCUCUCUCCUGUGUGGAUUCUCUGAUGUCUAAUCAAGGGUGCCGGAUGUGUUCGCUGACCUUCUACUCCAAGUCGGAGAUGCAGAUCCACUCCAAGUCCCAUACGGAGACAAAGCCACACAAGUGUCCUCACUGCUCCAAGAGCUUCGCCAACAGCUCCUACCUGGCCCAGCACAUUCGUAUCCACUCAGGGGCCAAGCCCUACACGUGCAGCUACUGCCAGAAGGCCUUCCGCCAGCUCUCCCACCUGCAGCAGCACACACGGAUCCACUCCAAGCUCCACACGGCGAUUGUCAAGCCACACAAGUGUCCUCACUGCUCCAAGAGCUUCGCCAACACAUCCUACCUGGCCCAGCACCUCCGCAUCCACUCGGGGGCCAAGCCCUACACCUGCCGCUACUGCCAGAAGGCCUUCCGCCAGCUCUCCCACCUGCAGCAGCACACACGUAUCCACACCGGGGACCGACCCUACAAAUGUGCUCACCCUGGGUGUGAAAAGGCUUUCACCCAGCUUUCCAACUUGCAGUCCCACAGACGGCAGCACAACAAAGACAAACCUUUCAAGUGCCACAACUGCCACCGUGCGUACACAGAUGCUGCCUCGUUGGAGGUACACCUGGCUACACACACGGUGAAACACGCCAAGGUCUACACCUGCUCCAUCUGCAGCCGGGCCUACACCUCGGAGACGUACCUGAUGAAGCACAUGCGGAAACACAACAUCCCUGACCCACAGCAGCAGGUGGUUCAGGCACAAGCCCAGGCCUCGCAGCAGCAGCAGCACUUCCAGCCACAGGGUGGGGGGGCAGCAGGGGGCCCUUCUGGAGACACUAACCAACCCAACCCUCCCCCCCAGUGCUCCUUUGACCUGACUCCUUACAAGACUUCAGAGCAUCACAAGGACAUCUGCCUCACUGUCAGCACCAGCGCCAUCCAAGUGGAGCACCUCUCCAGCUCCUAGAGAGACCUCAACCCAGGGAGCAGAACGCCUCUUGUGCAUAGCCUGUGCCAGGGGCACCGCUUGUGCAGCGGCCCUCCUCGUGCAAGUUUCCGGCCUCUCCUCCUGCAACAGCCUCUUCUGGCCGUGUAACCCUGUUCAUGGCAGCCCCUUGAACAACAGCCUGUCUCAAGGGGGUGCUCCUUCUGUGCAACAGCCUGCCUGGUAGGAGGAUGCUUCCUUGUGCAAGAGCCCCUUUCCUGUGCUGGGAUCACUUCCUCAUGCAAGAGCCCCUCCUUUGAAACCCAAAGAAAGGCCCCUGUUUUUGCCUUCUCUCUCACUGUAGGAUGUGUAUGAAGUGGGGUUGCGUGUUGAGACACGCAUGGUGGAUGGGAUGGAGAGACGACCCUUGUAUAUACAGGGGCUUGGACAUGUGUUUUUAGCAGGCCACAGAAGAAUGUGGCAAGGUUGACAGCUGGAUGGGGUUCUUUGAGGAUUGGCCUUGAGUGUCUAAGAGAGAAAUAUCCAUUCCUGUCCCUCCUUGUGAAAGGGAGGAGGGGUCACUUGUCCUGCCCCAAGGACUGGAUGGGAGAAACCUUCUCCCCAGUGGAAGGUGAGACCAGUGGAGGGAGGAGAAGUGAGGCAUGUUCUCUGGGAUGGACAGGUGCCUAUACUGCCUAAGGGCUGUGGAGUAUUGCAUUCUUUCUCCUCCCCUGGUAGAGAGCAAUAGAGAGGAGUCUGUCUGAACUGACUGCUGCCUCUCUCUCCCAGCUGUCUGAGCAGCACGAUGGCCCCGUAGGAAUGUGGGUUCCUGCUCAUUGCUCUUCCUGCCUGUUGUGGAUGAUAUCCUAGCAGCUUGUACUCCUCCUCCUCUCCCUUCUGCUUUUCCCCCCACCUCCUCAGAAAAGGCUACAGCCAUCAACAACAAACCAAAAAGCAACUGGAGGGAGGGUAAGAGACUGCCAAAAUAAUCAUCACCCUUCUCUCUACUCCCUUUCCUGAAAGGUGGAAUGACAGCAGUUCUGACACUCACAUACCUGUCCUGCCCCCAGUUUCCCAAUGGGAAAGAGGAGGAGGAGGAGGAGGACUAGACCAGUCUUUUCAAGGAGCUGGCAGGAGGCAGGAAAAGGCUAGCUUCUCCUGUUUAUCUCCUGCCAGAGUGCUCUCACAGGCUCCCUCUUGCCAAGACGGGCUGGACUCACAUGGCAGUGGUGGCCUCUUCUGGACCCUGGUCAUGGGAGAGAAUCCCCAAAAGGUGGACAGUGGAGAGAAGGGGAUGAAGAUCCCCACAGAGAGACCAAUCUAAUGAGAAGGGGGAGCCAACAAGAAUAAACUGAAGGCCCCUUGAAUUUAUAUAUAUAUAUAUAUAUAUAAAUAUCUAUUCCCCAGCCCUGGCCCGCUCUGUCCUUGCUGUAACUGUUUCUAUCUCUGUGUUUAUAAAACGCAUUAUCCUGGCGAAUUUUUAUUUUCAAUCUUCGUUUGUUUUUCCCUUUCUCUUCGUCUUCAAUUCUCCUUCCUCUUGUUUUUUGUUUUUUGGUUUUUUUUAAUUGGUCCACUUGACUGCUAGUCUUGCGUGUUACUUGUUAGUUUCUUUGGAUCAUGGAGGCUGACUUGGAAGAGAAUGAGAAGGCAAGGGAAAAAGCAUGUGUUGUUGGGUUUUAAAAUCAGUCACCCACCCAAAGCCUAUAGAAUCCCAGACUUCUGUAUGAACAACCAAUAGGGGCUUCUAUUAUAUUUUUUUUUAACCACCCUGUAUAGAAAUAAAUUGGUGUAAAAGGCUCCUUGAAGGUGCUGGUGCGAGCACCCUGCCCCUGUGACGUGUGUUCCUUCCCCCUGCACCCGACACCUGCAGGCUCCUCUGGCUGCCCUGAGUCCCGAGGGGCAGACGCGAGGGCGGCACAUCCCUGCCUUUGGCACCUUGUGGUUUGCACAAGGAAAGCGAGGAGCUCUGCACCUGGGGAGCCUGUGGCAGAAACCUUUUUCUCUGCGUUUAGUCACCAGAGUUGGCUGCAAACGGGUGGAGUGUUUGAUUAGGCUAGAAGGAGCUGUCUGGUUUGACUCCUGCAUUUCACAGGUGACAUUUUAGUCCAUUUAGGCUGUAUUGAGCCCCAAGAACUAAUGUAUAUUUGAACUGUGUUGACAAAAUGCAUUGGCUUGAUUUUGAGGCAGUGGGACACAAAAUCCAUUGGCAGCCUGCUGCAAGGGCUUCAGGUUUUCACUGUUUAAAUAUUUUAGCCAGAUUCCUCCUUGCUUUGGUUUCUGGUUACUAGUUCUGGAAACAUUCAUCCCUCUGAUUGAGAGAGCCUGAAUGGGACUUUUUCUGCCUAGACUUUUAUUUAAACACUCUAAUGUUCCUUCUCAAUCUACUUUUUUACAAGGUAAACCUGAUAGAACUCUGUAAAUCUUCCAGUGUAAGGGAUUUCUUCCAUCCCAUGAAUUAUUCUUUUCUUUCUACAUCUUACUAAAUUUUACAGUAUCUUACAAACACGUUCCUUUUGGAAUUGAGUGUUGAAGCCUCAGUGCCAUGGAUGAGGUCCCCCAGGCCCUUAGCCUUAAGUCUGCAGAGGAUUGCAUUUUCCCUCUUCUUAUAGCAUUAUCCAGGAGCUCACAGUGGCUGCGUGUCUGGUCAUCCAAAGUCUUGGCUUUCCACAAUAGUGUUUUCCCUUCUGUACAGGUAUGCUCUGGGUUCCUGUUUCCUGGAUGCUUCACAUGGGACUGUGUCCAAGUCCAGCCUGUGUGAAUGGACCUGGCUGACUGAUGGACCAGGUUACUCACAGCUUUCAUAGUUCUGUCACCCACAAACUGUAUCAGUUUGUUAUUUUUACUUUCAGAUCCAGGUUGAAAUGAAAUAUUGCAUCUGACCUAUGCUAACAUGAAAAGCAUCAUUGAGUGCAACUUCUCAUUAGCUUCUUUUUGAGACUUGCAUGCUGGGCAUUUCUUAAUCCUCUUAGCAAUUGAUUAUGUACAGUUUAUCUUUCUGACUUACGGUGCUAGGUCAAUGCCUUAUAAAAAUUUAAGUAUGUUGUUGCACCUAUGCAGUCCCCUUUGUAAACCAAAUGUAUAAUGCUGUCAUCUAAGAAUGAAAUUAGGGUUUGGGAUUUUUUUUUUUUUUUUUUUUUUUUUUUUUUUUUUUACUACAGAAUCUGUAUUUCAUAAAACCUUUAUGAUAUAGGUUUUAUUUUUUCGUUGAUUAAUUCUUCAUCUCUAUAGUUUUUCCAUAAUUUUGUUACUGAGUUGUUUCAUUUGCCUCUUGGGAACACUGUCAUGAGUGUCUUAAGGUAUUUCUCUAAUAUCCCAUGUUUAAUUAAGAUCAGAAUCACUGGGCUAGAGAGCUGGUUACUGAACUCUUUCAGGACUCGUUUCUUUGCUGAUUUCAAAAUAUACAUCCCUAGAAGGUGUUGUCUCAUCUCCUUCUUUGACACUAUGGUACUUAGAUAGAAGUUGCUAUUUUCAUAUGACUGCUGCAUUCUGUUCCUUUCUUUAGAUGGAAUUGGAAGUGUUUGUUGACUGGUUUCUCCUGUUCUGUGUCCCUAGCAUUUUCACUAUUUUUAUCUAGCAUGGAUCAGUACUUUAGUAAAGUUUCUUUGUUUAUUUUGUGAUGGAAAGGAAUUAAAGAGCAAAAUAUUCUUUCCAUUUAGUUCUGCUAGUCACAAAGCUUUUCUUAAGAAUUUUCUCUAUUUUUAUAGUGUGUCAUUUAUGUUGGUUGCUGUCUGGCCUUCAUCUUUUCCAUCUGUUACGUUUCUCCUUACAGGAGAGUUUAAUUCAUAUUCCUCUGCCUUCUUUCUGUUUUUCCCAUGAACAACUCGGUUUAUAGUUUUGCUCCUCUUGGAAGUUACCAGACUCAGCACAGGUUGAUUACUACCUGUGGCUCUCCUCUGCAUGUCCGUGUUCUUUAUGGACAGGACAAAAUGGCCAGCUUCACUCAACUAGUUCUUUCAUCUUGAAUAUAUCAUCUUGAAGACUGAAAAAUGAUUUGGUUUGGGUGCAGUGUCUUGAAUUAAGCUGGGAAGGCUUUAAAAGUCAGAAUAAUACUUUGCUGACUGGUUGAAUUCCCUGGGGAAUGGCUCACAAAUUAAAAUUCUUUUGCAAUGAUUUUUCGUUUUAGGUGCUUGAAAUCGCCAUUCCUGGUCCCUGGUUUGUUUUGUGAUGUCUGCUACCCUUUCCCUUGUUGGAAUCUGCUACCUAGCAUGGGCAUCCAUGUGUAUUUAAGGCUGUACAAUUCCUGUUACCAGUCAUUUCAAAGGUGUUACAGUUCGUGUUCGUGCAGUUUGCUGCUGAGCCUAUAGCUUUUACUGUUGCCCAGGAAGAAAUUAAUUAUUUCUUACUAAGGGACUUUACCAUUGAGCUUCAGAAAUGCCACUCUAUUCCAGACCUCCUUUUCUUCCUUGUCAGUGAGAAUUUCUCUGUUUACCCAGUCCUGUUGCUGAUGUGGAAAUAAUUGAAGAUAGCUUACCCUCAUUAUCUUUGUCACUUAUUUGUGUUUGGAUUAGGUCUUUCUCUUUGGAUUCCCAAGGUUGUUUAACAUAAUCAAAGUGUUCCAGAUGGUUUAAACAGUAAAAGUAGCUUCCUGCAAGACUCAAAAUGUUAACAACUUGUACAAAAUUCUUCCCUCCUCAGAUGAAAUCUGAGGUUCUGCUGUCUGCAGCUUUGUGCACUCAAGCCAACAACAGUUCAAUUAUUUACCUACCACACACAAGAUUGGAAUAUUCCUUAACAAGAUUCCAUGGUCCUUCUUCUUCAGCUCCAUGAAUUCUUUGACCCUGCAUUUUCAUUGUGAUGCACAUCCAUUCUAUAUGUUGGUACCCAAGAAGACUUGACAAUGACUCUGGAGUUCUGUAUUAGGUUGCAUCUUGUAUCUUUGCUGAAAGACAAUAGCACUUUUUCUUCUUGUCCUUUUCCAAGCUGAUUUUCUGUUCUUAGUUGGAUUUUACAAAUCAUCGUUGCUUUAAAAGGAAAUAUGUAGGCUGGAAAUUAUUUAGAAAAGUCACCCACAAACAGUAAUGGAAUCUCAGCCAUGACUAAUGAUAGUAUUGCUGGUCUAUAAUUCAGUUAAAUCUUCAAGAAAGAUUUAAGACUUCUAUAAUUUAAAGUCUUAUGGUUAAUCAACCAUGUCCCUUAUUACAGUUAUUUUGUUAGUUAUCACUGCCAUUGAAACUGCCAGUCUAUAUUACUACUUUUUUUUAAUCCAUAAGGUCUUGCUAUUUCUUUGAGUACAUUAAAGUCUUCUGCUAUAAGAAGUCUUUCUUCUUGCAUAAUGAGUUACAGACCGUGAUCAAGUCACUGUAUUCAUCUUUCCAAACAGCUGAAUUAAAUUGAGCUGGUUUAGGUGUCUCACAAUAAGGCUUGGAUCCAUCAUGUAGUUCUUAUCUGUUGCCUUUCUUUUCCCUUUCAGUGAGCCGGCUGUGUAGUGUUCAGUUAAAAUCUUGCUGCAUUGGGCCUAGAUGCCUAUUUUGAGCCACCAAAUUGAGACUGCCAUACAAGGAUAUCCAGUUCUUUUAAUUAGGUCAUUUUCUUCAAAUUAAAACAAACAGCAAUAUGUUUCUUUCCUUAGCUGAGUGCAACCCCUGUCCAUGCCACUGUGAUUUUGCCACAUCAGUGUUAGGUUAACAGCCUUACAGCAACUGGAUGAGCCCACUUGCUUUGCAAGUACUUUAAGUAAAAGUAUUUGUUGGUCUUCUGGAACACAUUCAGAACUUCAAAGUUGUUUGGAAAAGAAAGCCCACUGCUUCCAUCUGCUUGCCAGAUAAUUCUUUUCAAAUUACUGAUUGUCAGUUUCUAGCUAUGCAACUUCUAGGAUGUUUUAUUUAAUGGGUAGAACUAAACAUCUUCCUAAAUCUCAUUGGCAAUAGGUAAUAUUUCAUUACCUCACGGAUGUGUCUACAUCAUCCAACUUCCCAAUAUAGAAUAUAAUUAUGAGAUUCUGUCUGUCUUCUAUAUUUUUAUUGAUUAUUUUAUCAUCUUUAUAUCAACUAAAGGAUAUAUAUCAUGUUUAGGAUUUUCUUCUAAUAUUUUGCAGGUAAUGUACCUGAAAGCUGCCCAAGUUUACUAGUGCAGUUUCAGAACAUAGAAUGAAAUUGCUCUGUACACUUCCUUAACUGCAAGAUAGGUACCUGUUUAAUCGUCCUUUCAGGUACAACAGAUUAAAUUUGUGUGCAUGGUUUCUUGUUUCUGUAUAGUAGAACACCAAAGUACUAGAGAGAUGUAGUAACUUGGUCCAACAAACAUUUCGAUUUCA